CUGACAAAAGCCUCACCUCGAAACCCUAAUUUCUUAUCUUCCCAUUUCUUUAUUCUCUCUCUCCUGUUUUCUCUCUCCUCUGCCGCUAGGGUUUUUGCGCAGCUUUCUCUUCUUUCAGGUUAACAGUUUACCAUGGGUAAGGAAAAGAUUCAUAUCAGUUUGGUGGUCAUUGGCCACGUCGACUCCGGAAAGUCGACCACCACUGGUCACUUGAUCUACAAGCUUGGAGGUAUUGACAAGCGUGUGAUCGAGAGAUUCGAGAAGGAAGCUGCUGAGAUGAACAAGAGAUCCUUCAAGUACGCCUGGGUGCUCGACAAACUUAAGGCCGAGCGUGAGCGUGGUAUUACCAUUGAUAUUGCCUUGUGGAAGUUUGAGACCAACAAGUACUACUGUACCGUCAUCGAUGCCCCCGGACAUCGUGACUUUAUCAAGAACAUGAUUACUGGUACCUCCCAAGCUGACUGUGCUAUCCUCAUUAUCGACUCCACCACUGGAGGUUUUGAGGCUGGUAUCUCCAAGGAUGGUCAGACCCGUGAGCACGCUCUUCUUGCUUUCACCCUUGGUGUCAAACAGAUGAUUUGUGCUUGUAACAAGAUGGAUGCCACCACCCCCAAGUACUCUAAGGCUAGGUACGAUGAAAUUGUCAAGGAAGUUGCCUCAUACCUCAAGAAGGUUGGUUACAACCCAGACAAAAUCCCCUUCGUUCCCAUCUCUGGGUUUGAGGGUGACAACAUGAUUGAGAGGUCCACCAACCUCGACUGGUACAAAGGACCAACCCUUCUUGAGGCUCUUGACUUGAUCAACGAGCCAAAGAGGCCCUCAGACAAGCCCCUCCGUCUUCCACUUCAGGAUGUCUACAAGAUUGGAGGUAUUGGAACUGUGCCAGUCGGACGUGUUGAGACUGGUGUGUUGAAGCCCGGUAUGGUUGUUACCUUUGGUCCUACUGGAUUGACCACUGAAGUAAAGUCAGUUGAGAUGCACCACGAGUCCCUUCCAGAGGCUCUCCCUGGCGACAAUGUUGGUUUCAACGUUAAGAAUGUUGCUGUCAAGGAUCUCAAGCGUGGUUACGUUGCUUCUGACUCCAAGAACGACCCUGCUAAGGAAGCUGCUAACUUCACUGCUCAGGUCAUCAUCAUGAACCACCCUGGACAGAUUGGAAAUGGUUACGCCCCAGUUCUUGACUGUCACACCUCCCACAUUGCUGUCAAGUUUUCCGAGCUUGUUACCAAGAUUGACAGGCGUUCUGGUAAGGAGCUCGAGAAGGAGCCCAAGUUCUUGAAGAAUGGUGAUGCUGGUUUCGUGAAGAUGAUUCCCACCAAGCCCAUGGUUGUGGAGACUUUUGCUGAGUACCCACCCCUCGGACGUUUUGCUGUCAGGGACAUGAGGCAGACUGUUGCUGUCGGUGUCAUCAAGAAUGUUGAGAAGAAGGAACCAACCAGUGCCAAGGUUACCAAGGCUGCCCUAAAGAAGAAAUGAACUGUUAGUGUGUUAAUAAAAGCAUAUGAUAAAUGCUAUCAGGAGUCCUCUUAUAAAGACUUGGUGGUUUCUAUUAGUAGUGUCUUUAUUUUAUUGUUCGGUCAUAUUUUUGCGGGUUUUAAACUCGUGCCUUCAUCAACAUCAAGUGCCUAUUCUCAGAAUUGGGUACUUGAUCGCCGGUGGCGGGUUUAUAAUCUGCAGUCUUGUUUAUCGUCUGCUGUUUGUUAAAUUUGUGGUUGAACUUUGCUGUUUAGCUGAGACGGAAGUUUUGUUUUCCGGAGUUCAUUGAGGUCAAUAUUAUUAUUAUCUUAUGCUUUUGCGUUUUAA